UAUGCCAGAAAUUUGAUUUGUAUCAUAAGGAGUUUCCUAUUGUUGGCAGUAUAUUACCAUGGCAACACAUCCUGUGCAGUGAGGUAAUGUGUGUCCCUCUGGUGAGGGUGCAGCAGACCAGUGUCAGUCACAUUAACCCCUGGUUAAACACACGUUAGACCGUUUUGACGCAAACACCCAGCAGUGCAGUGCGUGCAGGUCAAACAAAAUGGCUUUGACAGCAGUCCAUGGAUUUCACUAGAGAACAAUGAAAAAGAGGAUAGACUAAAACAAAGGAAUUAGUAUGAUUCAUCAACUGUUACUAACUUUAGGUCCAUUAAGCCACACCUCCAUCCAGGACUGAUUGACAGCUGACAUUCUGUCUGUGGAUAAAAGCUGUGCAAAUAAAAGAUUAUGCUUCAUUUACCACCAGUACCACUCUGGAGACUCUAUUACAGAAGCUCUUCAGCCAGAGGAAUACCAUUCAGUGAAUUUAAAUCCCAUUUCACUUUCUUCAGCAUGAGGCACAUUAGAUUACAUUAUACCGGCGCUGCAUUCUUCUUACUGCUGUUCUCUGCAACAGGUGCUGAGCCCUACAGUCUUUUAAAAGUCCUCGAGGGCCUCCAGGCAGAGCCACAGAACUACCCUUCACCCCUGUACUCGUUCUCCCUCUGCAUGGAGAUCAACAACCGUGUCUUCAGCGACGCUCUCCUCAACUCAAGCUCACAGCAGUACAAGCGCAUGUAUGCAGAGGUUGCUGGAGCUCUGGACAUCGCCUUUAACUGCUCUGACUGUGACACAAGAGAAACCUACAGAGGAGUGACGAACAUACAGUUCAGUAACGGGUCUGUGAUCGCAAAUUGUACCAUCCAGUUCCAGACCAUUUUUAUCAACCAUGUUGUGAUCAAACAUUUGUUCUUGAGGGCUGUAGAUAACACUCAGCUGAAUGGUCUUGAAGUGAACAGAAAGUACACUGAUGAAAUAGUCACACCUAUCUGGCUUUUUCCAAAAUCCUCAACUCCGAUGGCAGAAACUAGUGUUCAGGGGCUUCCUGGGUGGGCCAUUGCAUUGUUAGUGCUGGCAUGCAUCAUCAUCCUGCUUCUCUUCAUCAUCUUACUACUGAUAUGCUUUUGGUGCUGUAGGAGAAAAGAAAAAAAGGAAGAAACACAAACAGUAACACCGUAUGAGAGAACGUCUUUCAAAGAACAUCUUGCCAAUCCCACAUAUAUGUCACACGCACCUGAGAAGAGCCCCAACUACCGGAGCUUGGGAGAACCGGAAGCACAACAUGGCAACCUAUCAGGGAUCUACAUGAAUCCUCAGAGAUGAAAACCACAACACCACUCACUAUAAGAGAGAGGCAUGGAGUAACUGAUGCCAUGAAGAGUCAGGAUGGUAAAGCGGUUUCUCUCACAGAAGAUGCUGGUUUCUUCAGCAAGUUUCUAAAAAUGUGGACUUGUCAUCAUUACCAUGUGUAAUAUAAGUAUUAUACUCAACUGAAUAGAAAACUAUUUAUUUCUGUACUAUUUAUGAAGCACAGAUAUGGGGAUUUGGGUCUGUGAACUUUUGCAUCUCUUACUCUGUUUCAGUGGAACACCAUAAGGCUGGGGCUAGUUUUCACACUUAAUACUCCACUAAAUAUUUACCAGGUUAGGUUUAUUCUCUGAACAUUUGCACUGCUUCAACAAACUUAAAGUGUGCAUGAUAAUAGGUGGUGUGUUUGUGAAAUUUAAACAGUAAAGCACAUUUAAACAAGAUAAUUUCUAAAACAGUGACAAAAGUUAAACAAUCAAUACAUAUUAAAUAUGAAAACAAUGUUUUGGCCAAAAGGGAUUGCAAUUCAUAAAUUGUACCAACUAAAUUACAUGUCAAUGCUUCCCUGUGUGACAUCUUGCCCCCGUGUCUUUUACAGUAUAUCUUAGGCUACAGAAGGAGAGUAGAUCUCUUAAAUUUAAAGAUUUUAUGUUUGAUACUAUAUGUGGGGGUUUGGUAUCUCCAGAUUACAAGUUUAUCGAUUCAUAAAUGUCUUUUCAUUUGACAUCAUUCAUUCAGGUUAUUUGUAUGGUCAUAUACACUUAUUUACACUUUCUGUGGGAAGAACUGUUGUAUUCAAUGCACAACACUUCAACAAAGCAAUAUAUUAUCAAUUACAUUAUAAAUAAAUA